GCCGACCAAGGCUCCGAGCAGCUUCCGGGCCCCGCGGGCCGCACUGACUCGCCCCGGCCUGCCCGCAGCGCGGCCUCCCCGCGCGGUUCCUCCGUCCCGGCCCGAGCUCGGGCCUCGUCCCCGGCCCCGUCCCAAGUCCCCAGAGCAUGGCCGGCCGCUGGAGGGGGCCCCGGCGGCCCGGCCUGGUCUUCCUGGCCGUGCUGCACUGGUGCCUGUGCGCGGCCGGGGCGGACAUCGCGAGCCAGGAGUACUACACGGCGCUCAUCAACGUGACCGUGCACGAGCCCGGCCGGGGCGGCCCCUGGACCUUCCGCAUCGAUCGCGGCCGCUACGGCCUCGACUCACCCAAGGUGGAGGUCAGGGGCCAGGUCUUGGCUCCCCUGCCGCUGCAUGGAGUUGCAGAUCAUUUGGGCUGUGAUCCUCAAACACGUUUCCAUGUCCCACCUGACAUCAAACAGUGGAUUGCUUUGCUGCAGAGAGGAAACUGUACAUUUAAAGAGAAAAUAUCACGGGCAGCUUUCCACAAUGCUGUUGCUGUAGUCAUCUAUAAUAAUAGAUCUAAUGAAGAGACGGUCACUAUGACUCACCAAGGAACUGGAGAUAUUGUUGCUGUGAUGAUUACAGAAUUGAGGGGUAAGGACAUUUUGAGUUAUCUGGAGAAGAACAUCUCUGUACAAAUGACAAUAGCUGUUGGGACUCGUAUACCAGCAAAGAACUUCAGCCGUGGGUCUCUAGUCUUCGUGUCAAUAUCCUUUAUUGUUUUGAUGAUUAUUUCUUCAGCAUGGCUGAUAUUUUACUUCAUACAGAAGAUCAGAUACACAAAUGCCCGGGACAGGAACCAGCGUCGUCUUGGAGAUGCAGCCAAGAAAGCCAUCAGCAAAUUGACAACAAGAACAGUAAAGAAGGGUGAUAAGGAAACAGACCCAGACUUUGAUCAUUGUGCUGUGUGCAUAGAGAGCUACAAGCAAAAUGAUAUUGUCCGAAUUCUGCCCUGCAAGCAUGUUUUUCACAAAUCCUGUGUGGACCCCUGGCUUAGUGAACAUUGUACUUGUCCAAUGUGCAAAUUGAACAUUUUGAAGGCUUUGGGAAUUAUGCCAAAUUUGCCAUGUACUGAUAAUGUAGCUUUUGACAUGGAAAGGCUUACCAGAAGCCAAGCUGCUAAUCGAAGAUCAGCACUUGGUGACCUUGCCAGUGACAGCUCCCUUGGCCUUGAGCCACUGCGCACUUCGGGGAUGUCUCAACUUCCUCAGGAUGGGGAGCUCACUCCUCGAACAGGAGAAAUCAACAUUGCAGUAACAAAAGAAUGGUUUAUUAUUGCCAGUUUUGGCCUCCUCAGCGCCUUCACUCUCUGCUACAUGAUCAUCAGAGCCACAGCUAGCUUGAAAGCUAACGAGUGGGCACUUCUUUCAUCGGAACUCUUUGUCCCCUCGAAGCCUGGUUUACGAGAGCGAAUUCUCCAUGAUUGAGCCUUCCUUGGACAUGUAUGAUGACAACAAAACCUGAAGAAACCUUGAUGUUUGGGGUCACUCUUUUGUUGGUUUCUGAUCAUUCUUCUUUUGUAUUCUUCUGUUGGUGUCUUGUCCUGGAGGAGGAGCUGCUGCAUUUCCCACAUGGGGGUUGGGUUUCCAGGCUAAGAUCCAAAGUUCACCCCAAGAUGGGACUACCCUGCAACAAUGCACCAUCACACAUUGCCCUUCCACGGUUGUCCAAUCUCACAAGAGGAGUGAGCUACAACUGGAUACAAGAGGCUUAGCCCUGGCUCCCCAGGGUCGUUGUGUGCUGAAGAUGUCUUCUUUUUUUUAAAAUAAGCAUGUACUGCUCUGUGUGAGUGGAGUUUGCCUUUCUAAUAGUCCUUGUGAUCAAGAGUUCCAUUGUGUGCCCAAAUCUACCAGGUGAUGUGUGUUGGCUUUUUUCCAGUAAAGAAGAUAAUGAGCUGCUGCCCAGAUCUCUCUCCAUUAUCUCCUUUCUCUUUUUGUGACAAGGCCUCUUUCUGAAGGGACUGGGGAAAGGCCAUGUACCUUUGUCCUUGUCACAUGACUACUGGCAAAGUGGCCUAUCCUUAGAGCCAUGAUGGGUGCCAGCAGUGAAGAAUGGACAGCCAUCCACAUGUUCAUUUUCCAACUUCCAUUUUUGAGCAUGAAGUCACUUUUCCAGUCACUGGAAUGUCGCUCCAGCCGUGCCUGCCAGCCCACGUUCUAAGGGAGAUGGGACAAACAUCCCUGUUCUUUUUGGUUGGUUCCUAAGUACUUGGAAUCUCACGCAGGACGGCCAGUGGUUAGUGGAUUCUUUUCACUGUGGGGUUAAACCAUCCCAUUCUCUGGUAUGAGAGCAAAUGAAUACCACUCCCUGGUCUGGUUUGGUGUAGCAACAGUCUCUCUCCUGCCAGUACUUAUAAUGGAAAAGAAGACAGCAAAGUGGGACAAACAGGGAAGCUUACAUAUAGACAUGCAGAAAGGAGGCAUCUUGUAUUCUUUUGUCCAGCAGGAAAAAAAGGAAAUGCUCUCUUAAAGCAAAAACAAUAAGGUUUGAGACAAGAAAGACAUGUAUGUGUGUGUUUGACACCUAACUGCCAGCAUCCUUUGAUGAGCAAAUCAACCCAACAUAUCUAUGCACCUUUUGCUAUACUAGUUUAAUCUGCUUCUCCAUUUUAAUCAAAGUUACUGUAUGGAAAGUUACCGAUGCUUUUGUAUCAUUAUGUGAAGGAAAAUUUGCAUCUCUGUACAUCUUGACUUAGUUCUAACGGGGAACCCAAAGAAAGGACUCCUCUGCCUGAUUACUUUUAUGGAAUCUGUAGAGCAUACAUUGAAGAGGGGUACUUGCUUUUUUCCAUAUGCAACCAGUCAUUUUUAGCAUGUGUCCUACUCUAUAUAACGUGUUGAGGCUGUGACUUAAACACAAACAAAACCCUCAGUUUCAAUCAAAACCCUCGGUGAAGUGAGGCAGUGAUAUUCUAGCAGAAGAGCCUUCCCUGACCUAAUUCCACGUCUCUCCUCGUUAUAGCUUGAGGCUGGAGAAAGGCAGACUUUUAAGGAAUCGAUGGAUUCAUAUUUUACCGUUACUGAGCUAGGUGUGGUCUGAUUGUUGGUGGGGGAAGGAGAGUUCCUUUUUAUUAUGCUCCUUAUACUGUAUAAAUAUUUUUUAGGGACUGGGUUUUAAAACAAAAUGCAGGUUUGGCAAGGGAAGCCUUGACAUUGUGGGUGGGCAGUUUCAGAGCAAAGUCAGUAAUCAUCAUAGCUCAGUUAUAGGGACCAGGGUGAGGGUGAGGGAGACCAGCCACCCAGUUUGGCUGGGAAGAAGCUUUCAUUCAGUGUCUCAGUCAUUGUUGGCUAUGCAGCACCUAGGGAGCUCUUCCAGAAGAGCUACUUAGACUAACCUCAAAUUUCAAACUGAGCCCCAGUUUUGUGAAAAUGGUGGCCUUCUUUCUGUGCGAGCAAAUAAAGAAAUAUCAAGUUCUCCAUUGGAGAAGUGGACCUGAAAAAGUCAGUAGUGAAGACAUGUAACUAAAGGGUGUCAGUCUUGACUUCAAGCAAUUCCUUGGACUAAAGGAACUCUUGCCCAGGGAAAACUCAAUUGCCAUUCAUACCACUGGGCUAGAUGCCUCAUCACCACUCUCUUUGGAACAGAUUUCUCUGAGCAGAGUCGGGCUGGGCAUGGUUUCCUCUCCAGGGGUUGGAUUUGCCCAUCUAGGACUCUUCUCUGGUUCUGCAGUGUUACCAGAUUGACUCUUGUAUCACCAGCAGAGUGGCUAUCAACAACAGAAAAUAUGCCCAUCUAAUUUCAGAAUUUCCUUCAAGAAAAUGAGGUGCUUGGAGAAAGAAAAUGAAUCCAAAUGGGGUGGUGGAGGGGGAGCCACUUGAGAAACAGACUAACUCCAGUAAUCCCUCAUUUUUACCACAUUCUUCCCAUCCUUAUUCUGCACUCCAUUUUCCCAGGGACAGUCAGAAUCAGCCUAUCCAAGUGUGCCUCAUCAUCAGAUAGUUGGCCACCAAGUAAUGAUAUUUUUUUUUUCAGCCUCAGCCAUCCAUGAAGAGCCUCUACUAAUGUGUAAAGAGGUUUCAAACUGCACUGGUGGAGAGGGAUGGGUUACCCACACUGAUGAAAUCGCCCCUCCCUUAAGUAUUAAAGUGUUCUGAACCGCAGUAUUCCCUGAGCCAGGGCUAACUGCGAAGCUGCUUCCUCCUCUGGCAUUCGGUGGCUCCAGUACUAUGGCCCCAUGGGCAUAAAAUAUUGGGAUUAAGCCAUGCAACAGGUGCUGAUCAGGGGAGCCAGUAAAUGAGUUGCUGGGUCUCAGUAGCUUCCUGAGGAAGAAGCUACCUUGGAGCCCUUUCCAAUGCCCUUCCUCUGCUUCUGUACCACCUGGUACAGCCCCUGAGUACCUUGAACUGUUGAUUCUACAGCUGAUUCGAGAAAGUGGAUAAAGGAAGCAUGUUUCUUGUCAGCAAGCAUGUUCUUUUUUUUUGCAAAUCCCUGGGCUAACUGCUAUACUUAUAAGGCCCCCAGUGGUGUUAGUGGAGUUGUUUCCUCCCUAACUAGGAAAAUUCAUUCCUUCAGAAACAUCAUAGGAGAGAAACAAGCUGCCAUUGCUUUUGUUCUCUUUAAGUUAUGCUACCCACAGAAUGCAAUCAUAUGAAUAUGAUGGUGGGAUUGCCAACCAAAUGCACUGACAAGUAUGAGCAACGUCACUCUUUUGCAGGAAGAAUUGGCUGUUUUCAAUUAGCUCUUUCCCAUCUGCUUUGUAAGAGUUGAAUCCUGUCCUAUUUGUAUGGUCUUCUUACAUUUGAGAUAUUUCACUGACUGUAUUCAGUAUUUAUUGGUGGUCAUACGUGCAUCUUAUUGCUAGACAUCUCUAAUCUCUAGGCAGCUAUUUCUAAUGCAGAGAAGCAGGCAGGUUCCAUGUAAAAGGGCCUUGGGUCUUGCUGUUCUCCCUCAGCCUCCUGUUGAUUCCAGUGCUGGAUCAUUUACAACUGACUGCUGUGACUUCGGAUUCCCUAAAUCAAAUUCAUUGUUCCAAUUUGCAAUCCCAGGCCCAUUCUUGGCCAAUCAGGAAACCUAGCGAUUUACUUAAUCUUGUGAGUGCCACCUGCAUUCUUAUCUAAUCACUAAUGACUUCCUUUCUUCCUAGACCAUGAGGAAAGCAAAGAAGUUCAAAACAAGUAAAGCCAGGGAUCCUAUCUCCUCAAAAAUGAUACAAAGAUUAAGUCCUUCCAUGAUAUGCUUAUAGAUGUUAAACGGUGACCCAAACAUAGAAAUAAUUCCCUUUCUAUAGUAUUUUACAGUUUAUAAAGCACUUUCCUCACUACAAUCCUGUAAUAUAAGUAGUUUCAAGUAUGAUUAUCCCCAUCAUCUAGAUGAGGAAACAAUAUCAGAAGUAGAAUGAUUUGCCUAGGGUCACAGGGCUAGAGAAUGCUUGAACCUAGACUUAAACCUAGGCUCCUGACCCUAAUAAUAGGUUCUUUCUGGCACAACAGACUAACUCUGGUCCCCAUGAGCUACUUGCAUAUAUAUAUAUAAUUUCCUCCCCAAAGUGCAACAUGCAUGGUGUUGGAGAGAAAGUCCUGAACUUGGAGUAAGAAGUACAAAAUCCAAGCUCUGUUACUUACUCUCUGCAUGACAUUAGGCAAAUCACUUAACCUCUCUGAGCUUCAUGUUCCUCUUUUAUAAAAAUGCUAACAAGAAUCUCCCUAUUGUCUAUUUUAGAAAAAAAAUACAAUGCAGACAUAGACCAGUAGAUGUGCUUGCUAUCUCUGCAGGAAUUCUCCAAAGGCAACCUCUGUUAGGGAAAGAAAUAUAAACCUUGAAAAUGAUAGCAUGUUUCCCUAGAAAUCCAAUGACAGUAUUUGAAGCCCCACAGGGCCAGAUAUUAUUAAGAUUUGUAAAUGAUUGAACUCAAAGUCCACUCAGUCCUUAGAGGAAAUAUAUGCUAACCGCAAAUUCUAAUAAUAACUGAUGGCUGGUGUUUUAAAGAUUACAGGAGGCAUAUAUAUAUAUAUAAUUUGAAACUCACAAUCCAUAGUCCAUGAGGUAGUUAAUACAAAUAUUACUAUCCCCAUUUUACAGAUGAGGAAACUGAGGUAAAAGAGGUUAAGUGAUUUGCCCAUGAUCUCACAGCUAGGAAAUGCCAUUCUUCCUUAGAGAAGGUUAGCUUUAAUUCAAAAAAGACAAAUGCCCUCCCCUUUCUGAUGACAUGGAUAUCAGCUGCUUUGAGAAUGAAGUUGUUUUCCCCCUUCAUGUCUACCAACCUAUUUACUCAGUAUCUUAAAAUCAACUAGCUCUUUAAUAGGUCAGGUACAUGGCCAUGAGAAAGUCUGUGGAAGAGAAGCUGGAAAAUGCUUCUUGGACCAUAAACAUUCCUAUGAUGUUCACUGAUUGCUUAGUGUACUACAAAUAGUAAAAGCUUAAUAAAUGCUCAUGGAAUGUUGAGUUAAUAUGAGUGGGGUUAGAACCAAUUUUCUGGAUAACAAGAAAUGAUAAUUCACAUGAUGAUAGUGCUUUUAGAUUUUCAAAGCACUUUUCUCCUCUAAGGGAAGUACUACAAGUGUUACUAUCCCCAGGACACCAAGGGACAGAAACAAAAAUUAUUUGCCCAAGGCCAGAUGGCAGUGAGUGUCAGUCUUGGGAUCUGAACCAAUAUCCCCUGACUCCAAGUCCAGGGUGCUUUCAACUACUCUAUACUGCCUCUCAAGAGAACCGAAAAGGCUACAUUGGGCAUUGUGGGCAAAAUGACAAUAGAAUAAAGACCAAAACAAAAUAGGGUGAGGGAGAAAAAGGCAAGAUCUGUUUCUGCAUUUGGGAAAUGGAAUUGUCUCUUCUUGAUUUGUGAAGCAGCAGAAAGAGGAAAGUGAAGACCACCAAAUUCUCAAGAGUCCUUGUGCGUGGAUAUGUAAUUUACUCAGUACUCUUGGGUUCUGUCCCCACAUCUUUUCCAUUAACUUGCCAUGUGGCAUGUCACUUAACUUCCUUGGCCUUACCUACCAUGUCAGGUCAACCAUCCUUGUGUUAAGGAAGAGGUUGAAGAGAUGCCCUGGAAAAGGGGAGGUAGAAAGGCAAGUCAAUUCAAGAAAGCCAAUCUUCAGUAGUCUGACCUAGACACUGCCCUUUGUGGAAUCAUACUUUCUUGAGGUGGGCAGUAAAUCCUUGGCAUGUCACCCUCUGCAAAUGCCCAUGUUUUACCCCAUGUGGUUCAGAAAGGAGCACCAUUUUCCUUCAGGUGCCUCUGGGGAGUUUUAGGCACCUACCAUAGCAUCUAAUUCUCCAGUGGAGAGAUCCAACUGGCUCUUCCAGCCAGCAGGUCUUUUGCUGACCAUGCACCACAACUAAAUCAAGUACUUUGUGGAGCUCCCACCAAUCUCUGAUCUUGGCCAUGUACACUGUCCCCUAGUCUGUGCAUAUCCCAGACUUUGUCUCACCUUCUGCACCCAGACACCAGCUGCCCCUUCCUGCCUAUCCCUUUUGGGAAUGCCAACCCUCAUUCUGUGAUCUGAGACUGAGUGAAGGUGUUUCUUUUCAUCCAGUAAGCCCUGACAGCAUUGAACAGCACUGAAUUUGAUUAUUCCAAGUUGUUAGCAACUUGAUUUGUGAAUGCAUUCUGUACGGCUCAGGUCCUCGUGUUUCUCUCUACUCUUGACCCAACACAGGGAUGAAUUAGAAGCAGGAAUAUAUGAAUCUCUUGAGAAAAACCAAAUGUCUCUUCCUCUGGCCCUGGAGUGAUAUGAGGGGAAAAUUCUCCUCCACACUUGGGACAAAUGAGUCAUGAGCAAUCUUGUGGGGGAUUUUCUUUCAUAAUCGGUUCAUUCUGUACCCAGGAUUAACAGUAGGAAAAGUUUAAAACAGGCAAGGCCAGAACCUUUGUAGAGUGGGGGGGGGGGAGAAUCUUCCAUCUGACCAGAAUUCUCCAGGCCACAAUUUCCUUAUGAACAUGGCUUGCUGUGCUCUCAGAUCAGUAAUGCUGGCGCAGUAGAACUGACACAUUCCUGAUCAAUGCACCACUUUGCUUGCUAGGCAAGAGCAUGUGUGUCAGGAAGGGAAGGAUCAAUGACCUUGGUGGGACUUAAUUAGCUUUGUCUCAAGCUCAGCAAGGCCAUUCACCAGCUACUAAAGACUUUUAUGAUCAUCUGUUCUAAACCCCAGCAUUCUUUCUAAAUCAGCUGCUUGGGAGCCAGAGACAGUUUUAGUGAAUUCUCAAGAGCUAUUUUUACAUAAUUAACAGGAUGCAAGAGCUCUUUCUGCUUUCCCUGCUUUCUGCACUGGCCACCUCCUUCCUCUGACUUUCAUUUAGACCUAAAGGAAGUCAGUGUGUGCCCCACCAGGAUAUUACCAGUGACUGAAGAACUUGGCCCAAGAGGCACCACCACUCCUAAAAGUCAUAAUCCUUUCUUUCUUCUAAGCAAGCAUCCUUUUACAGCCUGGACACAAGCAAAUGGCUCCACUUCCAAGAUUUAUGCACCAUCAUGAUCCAGUGCCACAGCUCUGCCUUUGGUGUGAGGUGAAUGAGGCUGCAAGUCUGUGUCAUGACCUCUUGGGCUAGAAAGAGUAGGUAAGACAGGGCCUCCAUCUGGCCAACUAGCAAUGGCAAGUUUUGGCAAUAACUUCAACUCUCUUCUUCUUCUAAGAUGUUAUUCAGGGGAAGGACUUGAUUUUCAGGGAAUGGGGCGAUCCUGCACAAUUUUCAGUUAGGCUGAGUCUCAGAACAUCACCUUCUCUUGGGUAUAGAGUGGUCACUGAUCCAGCUAAAGGGAGGGACAGAAUAGAGGAGAAAUGGCUCCACAAAGUAAAAUAUUAGUCAUAUAAAAAGGAAGAAAGAGCUACUGCCCAAAGUAGAAAAAAAUCCCACUGAAAACCUUGACAACUGUAACCACAAGUCCAUUAGGAUGAGCUCACAUCUAAGGUGCCCCAAGGUCAUGCCAUGAUGAGCCCCUGGCCACAAGGAUCCGUGUGAGAUAUUAAACCCACCAGUUGGGGCUUUGGGUCAGGAAAGACCUGCCAAUCUAGGUCACCGAUAACUAUGCACAAAGUCUAAGAAGGUAAGAGACAAAAAAUAUUUUUCUACACUAGCACAGGAAACUCUUAGGAGGAGGAGAAGGGUCUUUCCAAUAAUCCUCAAUAUGGAAAGCAGCAUAUUGACUUUGUCCUAAAAGAUGAGAGUCAAGAUUCUAUGCAUUUGAAGCUGUAUUUACUCCAGAAUGGAUGGAGACAGAAACAAUGGGUAUCCUAUACUAAAAAACAUAUGGUUGAUAACUGGAUAGAAUGAGAAGGCCUCUGCCUUGUAUUGAGAUGGCACCUGCAAGGAAGUUGUGGAAGCCCUUGGGAAAUGCAGCUUGACAGCAGUAAAACUCAGUGCACAUGUUUUGAUGUCAGUAUAAUACAAUAGUGAUAUUCUGCGGUAUAUGCUGACAGGUGUAUACCUGUGGGUUUGGGUUUGCUAAUGUAAUACAUUUCAAUAAAAACCUACUG